AUAAAAUCACCCUAAAGUCAAAAUUUCAGAAACACUGUGAACAGUUGAACAGUAAUAGCAUUUCUUGACGAAUCGCGAAAAAUGUUUUUAAACGAAAAUUUGCGAAAUCGGCCCAGGAUCGUGAUGCCGAAACAGGAACAACUGGAGGCAGUACCACUGCCUAAUAAGAAUGCUUAUAUCGUUUGGCGCGGGGUACGCGGGCGACGGUACGACUCACGUGCAGCUCGGACAGUACCACUGGCCUUCCGUCCGUACCGUGGUUCCGGAAAUUAUUCCCUGGAUCUAACCUCGUCACAAAAAGCCAUGAGUCCCGUUAAUAAAUUAACGUACUUCACCUUGCAGUUGUUUUUGUCCGACCUGCCUCCGGUCUUUCUUACGUUUGCUGAUCGCUACAGAUGCCGCUCUGACUGGAACAACUUGUAGUCCAACUCUUCUGGAGCUGUGAGCCCAGCCUUGCCGCGGUAAUCUUGUGACAAAAUAUUUGCCGGCGCUAGCAUGACCGGCGGACCUGUGCAAACUGGACAUCUAGAGGAAGUAAGGACGGGAUCGGAGGGAGAUAGUUAGUUAUCCGGCUGAGUAUGAACCAUUUUUGCUGUGAAAGGCUUACCUUGCUGCUUCUACUGCUGCUAAUUGAGCGACAAUCGGAGACGGAUAGAUUUUAGAGUACAAGCACAUCAGACAAUGGGCUACCAGCAGUACGGGCAGGAGAA